AUGGCGACGCCAGGGUCCGCCGUGGCAGCCGCGGAGGACAGGAAGCUCGCGCUCGACGCCGACGAGGACGUAGGCGAGGAGGGCGAGGAGGGCGGUGAGGAGGGUGCCGAUGGAGCGCCUUCGGCGGCGCGGCUGGCGCGGCUGGCACGCAAGGCGCAGGCGGCCCCUUACGUCGAGACUUACCUGCAGCAGCCAAAGAAGGUCGAGCCGGCGCCAGUCACCGCCAGUCACACGGUCGCCGCGCCGACGCCAGUGGCAAUCUUCCCGCCGCUGCCGCUGAUGCCAGAAGUGCCAUUCGCGCUCGCACCGACCGACGCCAAGACGCCCUCUUCCAAGCCACCGGCCUCCCGCUCCGACGGCACCGAGCGGCAGCGAAAAAAGAAACGCGCGGCCGCACGCGCGGCGGAGGGCGACACCGAGGAGUUUGCCAUGGCCGCCUUCAACUUCGACGGCGGCGACGGAGGGGGGGAGGAGGCGGGUGCGGGUGCGGGUUCGAAGCACGCGCUCAGCUCGGGCGGCGCGGACGAGGAGCACCCUCCGAAGAGGCGACCGCGACGCGCUUAG